AUGUUUCAGGAAGUCAGGACAUGGCCAGUAUAAGUGUUGGAUGUCAUGAGUUUAAACACCUUUGAGUGGGUUUUUGCGAGGCAGGAGGCAAACCGUUUACAAUUAUGCCACCUGACAUGCGUUUCCACAUUAUUAUCGCCGUUGUCUUUUGGUGGGGUUUUGUAGACUCGCGGAAAAUAAGAGGAAUAUCUUCGUCUUACAAGCGGUUCUACAGGGAGAGGAAGUCUUUUCUGUGCAUUGAUGGGUCGAAGAUCAUCCCCUUUGAGCAGGUGAAUGAUGACUACUGCGACUGUGAAGAUGGCUCUGAUGAACCUGGCACCUCAGCCUGUCCUCGUGGCCGAUUCUACUGCACCAAUCUGGGUUUCCGCCCACACUACAUCCCAUCAUCGCGAGUCAAUGAUGGCAUCUGUGAUUGCUGCGAUGCCUCCGAUGAAUACAACAGCCACGCUCACUGCCAGAACACUUGCUGGAAUCUGGGACAGAGAGAGAGGGCAUACGUGGAGGGCCAGAUGAGGACCUUGGACGAGGGUUUGCAACUCAAGCAGCAACUGAUUGAGGAAGGAGUGCUGCUCUGGAGGGAGAAACAGGCCCAGCUCAGAGAGCUUCAGCAAGUAGCUGAGGACCUACAGAUCAAAUUAGAGGAACACAGAAGGAAGAAACAUGAGGCGGACCGACUCAAGGAGCAAACGAUAAAGGCGCUGGAAGCAGGGGGCAGCAGUCUCAGACGUCAAAACCGGACAGUAUCCAGCACUUUCAAUUUACUGGACAGCAAUAAAGAUGGCAGUUUAACAGUGGAUGAAGUCCAGGCUAAAGUGGCACUCGUCCAUAAUGAAGAGCAGGUUCUCUCUGAGGAUGAAGCAGUGGCUUUGUUGGGCGGAGGCCAUCAGAUGGAUCUCACCAAGUUUCAGUACACACUCUGGGACAUCCUGACAAAAGGAGACAGUGUCAAGAUCAGAGACACCUAUGGUGCACCAGGCAGUCCUGUGGGGGAAGAUCCUCACUUAAAGGCAGCUGAUACAGCUGCAGAGUGGGAGGCUACCAAUCUGAAGAAGGUAGAAGAAGCCUAUGAGACAGUCAACAUGGAAAUAAGUGAUCUCCGGAAGAAGCUGGCUAUAGACUAUGGAACAGAUUGGGAGUUUCUGUUUUUGAACAGUCAGUGUUACAAGCUGAAAGUAUAUGAGUAUACUUAUACCCUGUGUCCGUUCAAUAAAGUCACACAAAAGAGCACGGCAGGAACAGAGGUCUCAUUAGGGAGGUGGGGGAUGUGGGCAGGAACACCAAAGAACCAGUACAGUCAGAUGGAGUAUGAGAAUGGAGAACCCUGCUGGCAAGGAGGUUCACGCAGUACUACAGUCACGCUGACAUGCGGAACGGAGACAGCCUUGAGAUCGGUGAAGGAGCCCAGCAAAUGCCAGUACAUCAUGGACUUUCAGACUCCUGUGGCCUGUCAGCCAGUGCUGAAGCAGCGGGGCAUACACAGUGAACUGUGACCCCUUCCCUUACUGGCGUAGCCUAGAUUAAUUUAGCCCGCCUUUGCUAGCCCACGGUGACAGUCUGGGGUCCUGAGGGUCCCCUCUGACAUCUGUGUUGUCAGAACAUAUAUACUUCCACACAAGUCUUGCUAAGGUCAGAAUCCGAUUUUCAGUAACACUGCUCCUGGACCACUUUAGGUUUCAUUAAUUAUUACAGUGUUGCUUUUUUUUGUCACUUGUAAAUAUUUGAACAGACUUAGUUUACACAAGUAUUCUUCCCACGGCAGUCUAUUCCUUUUACAAUUUUACACUUUUUCUAUGAUUUCUAUGUUACUGCUCUCCAUUGUUGUCCAAAAAAACGUAUCAAUUGACCACCCAGUUGCACAAGAUGAUAUGUUUCUUCAUUAUGAUGGACAUGGGCAAUGUUGUUUAUUUUGAGUCUGCUGUAAAUAUUCAUUCAAGCACCGAAUGUAUAUUAAUCCACAUUUGAAAGUAGUACCCAACAAAUGCACUUUUGACUCUGAGCAACGUUUGCUAAAAACUACAGUGACCACCUGUUUUAGGAAAGUCAAAAAGUAUUGAGAGACACGUUGUUGGUUUUGGUCUUUUCAAGAUUUCAGGUUUUUUUUCUUGUCUUGUUGACAACAGGAAAAAUACAAAAGAAAGUGAGCCUCAUCCUUCAAAUACUGGUUUUCACUGCAAUAUAUUUCAGUAUGUUUACGCCUAAUGCUCAACAACAUUACUAUGUAGAUGACUGAAUAAAUAAAGUGACAUUGCUACCACUGUAAUUGCUGUAUUAAAUAAAAUAAAAUGACUUCAUACUUAA